AUGACCGAACUUGGGGCUUUGGCCCUGAAUCUGGGCGUGGCCUUUGCGGCCAUGCAGAAGGAGGACCAUUCAGCGUCAACUCGCCCCAUUCAGGCGUUGUUUGACAAGGUGGCUGCCGAUCUCCAACGCCUCGAUCAGCUCGUGGCUACUUACACCCGUGAUGUGCAGCAUCUUGCUCGCUUGACGGGUCACCACCACUCAGACCAGAGCCUACCGCUGCGUGAGCGAUAUGUGAUGGAGCGCCGUCUCCAACAUGGCGCAAGGGACGCCUCUGAAUCUGCGCUCGGCCAUGGCCACCCAACUCCCACAGCCCAGGCCCAGGGGAUUCAAGCCCGGCUCGACGCCACCGCGACCGAGGUGGCCAAUGUGGAGGCCCGUCUCCUAGCCCACCGCGAUCACCUUGACAUGUUCUACCAAGAUGCUGAGGAAACCAUCAAGGUUCACCGUGAUGCACAGCUGGCGUGUCCAGAGGUCAUUCAGCACAAGGCCAAGACAAUUGAGCAGGCCCGACUACAAGAUGCCUUGCAACGACAGUAUGAAACCCCGACGACGCCAGUCACGGAUGAACAGGACCUCUCGUCAUCUCUUGUCAUGUCCAGUGCUGCACCCAGCCCCAAGCGUGCUUGCACGAAUGGAACGCACACGUCGCCCUCUCUUCCGGUAACUAACACCGCAACCAACAUCAGGGCCAGCCGCCCCGAGCUGGUACGGCCCGCCGCUUCAGACAGCAAGCAAGCCGAGACCAACGAAGCGAAGGACGAGACGGCUGUGCGAAGCGAAGAUGAGGACGAAGCUGCUGAACGACCCAACCCCAAGCACGCCUCGCUUGACCCAGAAGACGACGCGCCCGACGACAUGACCGCCAACCGCGACGGCUCCUCCCUCGAGGCCUUUGCCCGCUUCAUCAGUCGCACCCCCUCCCUGCCCGCACCCCCAAUCCUUCCACCCGAUCCCGAUCCCGCACAGUCCCCAUUGACCAUCUACAUGUGCACCUCUUCGUAUUGGGAGCAGAUUUACGUGUGUGUGUGUGUGUGUGUGUGUGUGUGUGUGUGUGUGUGUGUGUGUGUGUGUGAGAGGGCGGGCGGAGGUGCAGAGUUGAGAGUGAGGAGGGAGGCGAAUUCAUUUUUCAACUGGCUGAUUGAGAAGACAGAGUGUCCCGAUCAUCGCCUUCUCGGACCCGUGGGGAAGCAGAAUCAGACAUUCGCCAGCGACCAGCGCAUGCGGGAGCUACACAAAUACGUCAUUACCCCGCUGCUUGCAGACCUCGAGUGCGGUCGCGCCUACGCAGGCGGGUGGGAUGGCCAUCAACCAGCCUCAGACAAGUGGAUCCCCGUCCAAACCUGCGAUCGCCAUCUGCUCUCCAUGCUGGCAAACCAGCUGACCAGCACCAAGCGCUCCCGCACGGGUCGAAGGCAGGCCGGUCCUGCGGCGGAAGACCAAAAUCAGCCUUCCACACUUCACGUCCGUCGCCACUUGCGGAAGGCUUUCGCUGAAGGCAUUCUGCACCACGUCAAAGCCAUGCUGGAACCCCUCGACAAAGAACCUGACGAGGCAGCGCUUCAAACAGUCUUGGAUCACCUCUAUUGCUUACUGUUAAGCCUGGAUAUGGGCCUUCCCCAGCGACGGACAAGGAAUCAGGUGUGCAAGGGUCCAUGCCCGGCCAUGGCCGGCGAUGAGGGCCUGCGGGCCGGAUUUGCUUCCUGGGGUCUGGCUCUCAAAGUGACCAAGACCUCUGCGGGAUUCCAAACCAUGUACAAGCCUGUCCAUCGGCCCGAUGCUGGGGCAAUCCCCAACGAGAAGCCAAGUGUCUUUCAGGAUGACCAUUUUGAGCUGUUGGAAGACCCUGAAGGCUUUGCAAGCCCUGAAAAGGACCAUGUCGAUGCACUCACCAUGAAAGAGCUCACGCCUUGGCUCUUGAUCGGAGCGGAUAAGCCCGAGCAGUUCUCAAAUCCCGAGAACCCAGAGCCUCUGGCGCAGCUCAGCGACCAAGACUUUGUGACUAUUUCAGAGGCUUUGAGAGCUUUCGUUUAA